CGGAAUACGCCAAAACGGCUGUCAACAACAAAAUCACCUGUUUUUGUUUACGUUCAUCUCGGAUCAACUCUGCACAAUCGUAAAUUCCACAAUGUCGCGUUUUAGCAGCGCUCUUCAGCUUACGGAUUUGGACGAUUUCAUAACUCCUUCCCAGGAAUGCAUCAAGCCAGUGAAGAUCGAAACAAGCAAGAGCAAAACUGGGGCAAAGAUUACGAUACAGGAUGAUGGUUCAUACGUGCAGGAAUCUUCGAGUGGUAUACAAAAGCUGGAAAAGGUGGAAAUCACCCUGGCCGAUUGUUUGGCCUGUUCCGGAUGCAUCACCUCAGCGGAAGGGGUGCUGAUUUCGCAACAAAGCCAAGAAGAACUACUGCGUGCCAUGAACGCGAAUAAUAUGGCCAAGCUGAACAAUCAGCGCGAUGAGAUCAAAUUCGUUGUUUUCACCGUCUCGCAACAACCUAUCCUAUCGCUGGCACGAAAGUAUAAUCUCCCACCGGAAGACACGUUCGAACAUAUCGCGGGUUAUUUUAAGAAGCUGGGUGCAGAUAUGGUAAUCGACACAAAGAUAGCGGACGAUCUAGCGCUCAUCGAAAGCCGCAACGAGUUCGUAGAACGUUACAACACUAACCGCAAAACGCUCCCCAUGCUUGCCUCAUCGUGCCCGGGAUGGGUUUGUUAUGCAGAGAAAACGCACGGGAACUUCAUUCUCCCUUACAUUGCUACCACCCGAUCGCCACAGCAGAUUAUGGGCGUUUUGAUAAAGAAAUAUUUGGCACAGCUGAUGCAAACCACUAGCGACAGAAUCUAUCACGUUACCGUGAUGCCUUGCUACGACAAAAAGCUGGAAGCGUCGCGCGAAGACUUCUUCAGCGAGGUGGAGAACAGCCGUGAUGUGGAUUGUGUCAUCACUUCUAUUGAAAUCGAACAAAUGCUAAACAGUCUCGAUCUGCAAACGCUUCAGCUUGUGGAGAAAGCUCCUAUCGAUUGGCCCUGGCCUACCGCGAGACCUCCGGCAUUCGUUUGCGGUCACGAAACGUCCGGAUCGGGAGGAUACAGUGAAUACAUAUUCAAGUACGCGGCAAGAAAACUGUUCAACAUCCAGCUGGACACGGUCGUGUUCAAACCGCUGCGAAACAACGAUAUGCGAGAAGCAGUACUGGAGCAAAACGGACAGGUGCUGUUGCGCUUUGCGAUCGCAAACGGAUUUCGUAACAUUCAAAACAUGGUACAGAAGCUGAAGAGGGGCAAAAGUACGUACGAUUACGUAGAGAUAAUGGCAUGCCCAUCAGGUUGCUUGAACGGUGGUGCCCAAAUUCGUCCGGAAGAGGGCAAAAAUGCUCGCGAGCUGACGGCGGAAUUGGAGCACAUGUACCGUUCAUUACCACAGUCCAAUCCCGAGAACGAAAGCGUGCAGACCAUGUACACCACAUUCUUCGACAGCGAUGGAGAUUUGAACAAACGGCAAAGCUUGCUGCACACCAGCUAUCAUCAGAUCGAAAAAAUCAACUCAGCUCUUAACAUAAAAUGGUAAACCGUAGAGAGGGGGUAGCGGGUAGAAGCGUGCUGUUAUCGAUAUAUACAUGCUGUUGUAAUAUGUGUUCUCCUGUAAGGGAAGGGACGACUAUUGUGAGAUAAAUAAACAAAACAACUAUCCCGGUAGCGAUCUUGUAGCGCUAGACUACGAAGAAAGUCAAAACAAGCAUAAACCGGUUCCUGGAGACGGGACGAGACUGGAGCAAUGGACUGCAUUGCGUGACGGUAGGGACAUGAUGGUUGAAAAAGUCGCUGCUGCAAGCACGCGAUCCGCGCGAACACACUCCGCACGAAGGAACACGCUUCUGCAAACGGGUUUCGCCCGAUUCGAUCGCCAUCCUAGCCAACCGAAGACGCUGCUGAUCUUGACAUUCAAUCUUGACUGGCUAUCAAAUCGAGCCAGUGCAAGUUCAUUCCAUUAGCCGGUACUUUGUAGAACAGCAUAUAAAGAACUACGCAUACGCAUCUUCGUCUCUCCGUUGAUUGUGAUGGCCUACCGACGGCGGGGUACUAUUCACGAAACAAUGCGAAGUACCUUUUGUUCCGCGUAUUAACCGGCACUGAUACAAUGGUUAAGCAUUAUAAAUAUUAAUUGCUGCCCGCAAAUGCAAA